GUUAUACAAUAAAAGAUGAAGAAACCUCGGAAUGUCACCAUAGAUAGCCAUACCACCACCACCACCACCCUCGUGAACACCAACGACAUCAACAGCAGAAAGAACCUUUACGAGCUCUCAUUGUCCUUGGUCUUUUCACUCUGGUGCAUCAUCUUCCUGUUCUAUUCAAAAUUCGGCUAUAGCCAUGGAAAUGGAAAUGGAAGCAAAAAUUAUGCGAAUGGAAUGCUGUUAAAGUUUAAUUUUUCUAUUAACAGCAUCAAUAUGGGUCAAGAUCACAACUUUGCAGAUUCCAACUACUCACCUCGUGAAACAAACAAGCUGGAAGAUUCAGUUGGGAAUUUUCUAGGCUACACCAACUUAGCUUGUACAGUACAGCCACAAGAAAUAAAGGUUAACAGAACAGAGCAUGAGCAGACAACGGAGAGAGUAUCUCGACGUACCUACAUUGAUCUAGAUGAGUUCCAAAACAAAACAAUGCAAGGGAAGCACGAGGUGCGAAGCCAAGUUGGGAACAUUACCCAUCGGCUUGAGCCAGAUGGUGAAGAAUACAAUUAUGCCUCAUCUUCGAAGGGAGCAAAAGUUUUGACCCAUAACAAGGAAGCCAAAGGAGCAAGUAACAUCCUAGGACGUGAUCAGGACAAAUACUUACGGAAUCCAUGUUCGGUGGAACACAAGUUUGUUGUCAUUGAGCUUGCUGAGGAAACUUUGGUUGAUGCAAUCAAGAUAGCAAACUUCGAACACUACUCUUCUAAUUUCAAGGACUUUGAAUUGGCUGGAAGUUUGAGUUAUCCAACUGAGAAGUGGAUACCAUUGGGAAAUUUUGUUGCUGGAAAUGUUAAGCAUGCCCAGAGGUUCAUGCUCCUUGAACCCAAAUGGGUGAGAUACUUGAGGCUAAGCUUACUUAGUCACUAUGGCUCAGAAUUCUACUGCACAUUGAGUUUAUUGGAGGUGUAUGGGAUUGACGCAGUAGAGCGUAUGCUCCAAGAUCUUAUUGUGGUUUCUGAAGAACCAGGUCCAGAUCAGUCACUGAAUCCCAGCAGUUCAAUUGGAACAAAGUCUUCAAUAAAAGAACCAGGUUCCAAUAACAGGGAUGUAUCCAGUCAAAUUCAAAUUGCAGUGGAUGCUGUUGGCAAAGGGGUAGAUAACAUUGAUGAUGGGCAAAGGCACAAGACUGAGGUCACCAAGAAUGCAGUAUCAAAGAGUAAUAUUUUAGAAGCUAGGCAUCAGAAUAAUGGGAGAAUACCGAAUGACACUGUUCUAAAGAUCUUGAUGCAAAAGAUGAAGUCUCUCGAGUUAAACCUGUCAAUGCUGGAAGAGUAUAUCAAGCAAUUAAACCGGAGUCAAGGAGAUGUUUUGCCAGAGCUUGAUAAGGAAAUAUCUCGAUGUGCCUUGCAAAUGGAGAGAGUCAAAUCCGAAAUCAAAAGUCUCAGAGAAUGGAAAGAGAUUAUGGAAAAGGGAAUUAAUGAGCUCGAAUGGUGGAAAUCUGUUGUGGUAUAUCGUAUUGAUGCGUUGGGUAGAGAGAAUAGAAUGUUGAGAUUAGACAUUGAAAGGGUUUUAACCGAUCAAGCAAGUUUGGAAAAUAAAGAGCUUGCAAUGUUAGCUGUGAGUUUUUUCUUUGCCUGCAUUGUAGUUCUCAAGCUAGUUUUGGAGCAGAUCUUAUCGUUCUUUAGAAACUCUCACCCUGAGAAGGUCCACAAGACAAGUAGAAGUUGGGUUUUGAUACUAUUUAGCAGCAGUGUAGUAACUUUCAUCUCCUUACUGCAGGACUAAUCUCACCCAUUUGUACCUCUAGAAAAUCAAUUAUUGUUCUGUUGUUGCAUAGCCUCCUUAAGUUCUGAAAUUUGGACUCCUGUAAUUAUAUUUUGGUAGUGAGUUAAAUUGAGAUGAUCUUACGGAAAGUUCUUG